GGUCGAGGCGGCGGCGCAGCACCGGGGGAUGGAGUGACACACGGCGGGACAGCAUGGAUCCCAGUGAAGACAAACCGGGCGGAACGGUGGACAUCUACCGCGACACGUGGGUCCGCUUCCUCGGCUAUGCUAAUGAAGUGGGCGAGGCUUUCCGUGCUCUGGUGCCGGUGGGCGUGGUCUGGGGCAGCUACGCCGUGGCGACGGCGUACGUAACCGCCGACGCCGUGGACAAAGGGAAGAAGGCCGCUUUGGUGAGCGCACGGGGACAACCCCGGCCGGACCACCCGGUGGCGGUGGCCGUCGUGGACACCUUCGUGUGGCAGGCGCUCGCCUCGGUGAUCAUCCCCGGCUUCACCAUCAACCGCGUGUGCGCCGCCUCGCUGUACACGCUCCGCAAGACCACCAGGUGGCCGCUGGCCGUCCGCAAGUGGACCACCACCGCCAUCGGCCUGUCCACCAUCCCCUUCAUCAUCACGCCCAUCGACAGGUCGGUGGACUUCCUGCUGGAUUCCAGCCUCAGGAAGAUUUACAACGAGGAGGAGAAGCACAAGUAAAGAUGGCCGCCGGCGCCACCGGAGCAGCGAAUUCAGACGACCCGGCGCUGCUGUGAGGAGGAGUCAGUUCGUCCCACACCCUGAGAUAACCUGGGUUCUAACGCUCAGCCAUGAACCAGAGAACCUCUAGUCAGAAAACCUGCUGUGUGAAACCCCCCACAGGGGGCGCUGAAUUCUGACCUCUCAGGGGAAUCUGGGCCAGUGACACCAAACACUGGUCAAAUGGGAAUAAAACAGCGUCAAACUGUUAGGAGAAGAAAGAAACCGUCAUCUGUGGGCUGCUUGCCCAGUAACUUUACUUUCACCACACCUAGAACCACUGAAGCUCUAAAAGCCAAGCAGGAAAUAGUUUUAGUCAAACAUGAACACAUCCUGCCUGUCAAUGCCAAACUUUAUUUCUGACACUGCGUCUCAUGCUCAACUAUGCAAGGGAACAAAAUGCCAGUAGCAGGCUUCGUUUUUUCACUGUAAAGAUAAAUAAAAUUGUAAGUAUUGUGAGAUUAAAAAAGCAAAGGGAACUCUAACAGGAAAUGUAGCGCUGCAUGUGGAUGAGCUGUCACUUUAAGGGAACAUAUUGGGAACUUCCGUUCUGUCACGCUUCCUUGUUCUUGGAAGCAGUUUAGCAAUAAUCUUCGUUUAAAGGUCAGGUUAGUCACUUUUUUCCAAACCUUUGACCUGAUCAAGCCCCGUUUCACAACUUUUUCAAACGGAAACGAAACCUUUCGUUGCGUUUUCAGGGUCUGUUUACUCGAUAACGGUGGUCAGAGGCUCUGAAGACGCAACGCUUGGUGGCACUUUUAAAAAAACGUGUGGGCGUUUAGAACACUGCAGUGUGUGUGUGUGUAGUUUUUUACAAAAACACUAACCAGCACCCACCAGUGGCCCGGCAUUCUUCUGUUUCCAUGGAAACAGACACGGUUUUCAAAACGUCGCCUUGUGAAUGCGAAACUUUAUUGAAACAAAAACACAAAAUGCGUGGUGUUAAACGGUUAAGAUGUACUCGGAUCGGCAUGCGUUUGCUGACGUUAGCAUGCUAGCCAGCUAGCUCCAGGAUUUCACAGACUGAACCUUUACUGUGUUGCUUCUUCUUUCGAACUGGGAAAACUUUUACUUCUGGAGGGAUUUUAAUUUUUUUUUCCUUUUUCUGCUGGAAUCUGAAGCACACGCUGCUGUGUGUGCAGGAUGUGUGUGUGUGUGUGUGUAUGUGUGUGUGUGUACACUGGAGCUUUACCUCAGUAGUUUCAAUAGAAUCUGAGAGUGUCAGUCUGUUUCGAUGGGUCAGAGCAAUAAGAGCAAAAACUCUCCACUGUUACAAAAAGCUGUGCUCGUGAUCAAAUGUACCUGAACCGGCGCCUCCCGUUUUAAAAAAAAAAUGUUUAUAUUCAUCAUUACCAUUUCACAUUUUACACUCUUCACUGUAACUCUGUAAACGGUUUACUUCUUUUGUUGUUGUUAUUGACCUUUUUUUAAAUGACUGUUUAAAAUCAGGACGUCACUUUUCAGCCUUAAGCGGG